UUCGCAAAGGUGGGGUGAAAAACAGAAAUGAAGAAGAAAGAAAGGGAAAAGGGAAAUCCCAAUCCUCCAAAUCCUGCAAAUCCUUCACAUCCAAAUCCUCCAAGUCCGAGCCUUUCAAUGGCGGCGAAGAUGGAGCAGAGAAUGGGGAGAAUGGAGGGCGGAGUAGACGCUCAGCUCUGGCACGCCUGUGCGGGCGGCAUGGUGAAUAUGCCGGCUCCGGGGAGUAAAGUUUACUAUUUUCCACAGGGCCACGCUGAGCACGCUGCUUCGGUUGUGGAGUUUCCUCGGGGGCUUCGCGUAGCGCCUCUGGUGCUCUGCAACGUGGUCUCUGUGAGCUACCUCGCGGACGGAGACACCGAUGAAGUUUAUGCCCGCAUUCGGCUUCAGCCCACACAGGAGACAACGUGCAACGAGAAUCUUGAGGCUCCGAGUGGGGUGAGCAACGAUACUAAGGCACCGUCGUUCGCAAAGACUCUGACACAGAGCGAUGCUAAUAAUGGUGGUGGGUUCUCGGUUCCGCGCUACUGCGCAGAAACGAUUUUUCCGCCGCUGGAAUACUCGAAUGAUCCUCCUGUUCAGACGGUUUAUGCCCGUGAUGUGCACGGCGAGCUCUGGAAGUUCCGGCAUAUCUACCGUGGGACACCCCGGCGGCACUUGCUGACUACCGGCUGGAGUACUUUCGUUAACCACAAGAAGCUCGUCGCCGGGGACUCCAUCGUGUUCUUGCGGAACCCCGCUGGUGGUGAGCUCUGCGUUGGUGUCCGCCGCUCGUCGCGCAGUAGCAGUGCUUCUAAUUCGGCCGCCGAUUGGCAUUGGCAGUCGUCUGCGACUCGGUCUAUUAGGUGGAGCGGCGGGGGGGCGGAGAAUUUGUCUGAUUUUCUUUCGAGAGCUCCGCCUAAUUCUGCCGGGGGGACUGGUUUUGCUAGAAACAGGGGCAGAGUUGGGGCUAAAUCUGUGGUGGAGGCCGCCACUCUGGCGGCCUCAGGACAGGCUUUUGAGGUGGUUUAUUACCCAAGGGCUAGUACGCCAGAGUUUUGUGUGAAGGCGCAGGCUGUUACAGCUGCCCUGAGGACGCAGUGGGUUCCAGGGAUGCGUUUCAAGAUGGCUUUCGAGACUGAGGAUUCUUCGAGAAUCAGUUGGUUCAUGGGCACUGUGUCUUCGGUUCAGUAUGCAGACCCCCUGCUUUGGCCUAAUUCGCCAUGGCGCCUUCUUCAGGUGGCAUGGGAUGAACCAGAUUUGUUACAAAAUGUGAAACGAGUUAGUCCUUGGUUGGUGGAAGUUGUUUCCAACAUGCCUACCAUCCAAAUGACACCUUUUAUGCUUCCUAAAAAGAAACUCCGAGUGACACAGCCUCCCGAGUUUCAUGUUGAGGGCCAAGGAGGAAUCAUGGGACUCCAAAUGGCCACUCUUACCAAUAAUGUGCUAGGGCAAAUAAACUCAUGGCACAGUCUUUCAAACAAUGUACCUGCAGGCAUGCAGGGAGCCAGGCAUGACAGUAUUUAUGGGAUUGGUUUCUCAGACAUACGUCAAAACAAACUCCAAUCCAGGUUAUUUUUAGAUAACCUGCACCACCAUGAUCCAGGGGCUACGGCUCCUGUUUCCACAGAUCUCAAUAUAGGGAACUUUUCUCUUGAACAAUCAAAGGUGCGGAAUGGCCUCUCUUGUUCACUGACCAUGGGGAAUUCAUCACAAAGUGAGCAAAAAGGUAGUAAUUAUACUGGUAGCGCAGCCCCUAAGACCACAUCCUUUCUGUUGUUUGGGAAGCCUAUUCAUACGGUACAGUCACCAAAAUCCCAAAAGCAGCAGCAAGAUGGAAUAAACUCUCCAGAUGGGCUAGGCUUUCCGAGCUUCAAAGACACUGGUUCACCUGGGCUUACAAGCAACAGCUCAAGUGACGGGAAUCAAGAAAUAGAUAGGUUUCAAGGACCAGUCAAUGAAAGGACAGAUGGAUUGAAAAUGUUUAACAAUUCUAGCAUAAGACCUCAGCACGGUGAAAGCUGCGGUGAUGUUAGCACCAACCUUAUUGGAACUUUACAGAGUUUUAAAGAUCAAUCAGCUUUCUUAAGCUUGAAGAAGAAUAUGGGAGGAAAGCUAUCGGAGGAUACAAUUGUCCAAUGUAAAGUCUUUAGUGAGACUGAAGAAGUAGGCCGUACGCUUGAUCUAACACUCUUCAGUACAUAUGAACAACUUUAUGACAGUUUGGCAAAAAUGUUUGGUAUUGAAGAAUUUAAGCUUUCAAAUCGCGUUCUCUACAAGGACAUUGGCAACACUCUGAGGCAUGCUGGGGAAGAGCCUUAUGGAGAUUUUGUGAAAACAGUGAGGAGGAUUACAAUUGCUUCUGAUUCAGGCAGGGACAUGAUGUCACGAUAAUUGAUAGCAUGGAUAAAACUGUAUACCCUGUUCCUGCAUUAUGAUGUCAAUUAUUGUCUAAUAAGUAAAUUUGUUAUUAUAUGUGAGGGACUGCAUAAUAUGAGAGGGAGUUCUUGAGGCAGACAACUUAGAUAUCAACCUUUAGUUAGGUUUGUCAUGAGAAAAGUUUUAUCAAGAUAAUUCUGACUCCAAAACUCAUUGCUACUUUUAUUUAAAGAGUAAACCUGCAACAGAGAACUUUCAUAAGAUGUAAUCUAUGCAACCAAGCACUUUAACCGUUUGCUGUCAAAGUUCAAACAAUUGUUAGAGAUUUCGGGACUACUGCUAAUGCUGAAUAUGUAAGUUGUCUAUAUUGAAUCUUGACAAGAACAUGACCACAAAUGGUUAAGUUAUGCUUUGUGAAUUUCGUUCAACUUUUUCAGUUGGAAGGAACAAAAAACUUAAUUGAAUGUGACCGCUACUAAUUA